UUCCUUAUUCCAUUAUGGAAGCCUCAAGACAUUUGGAGGAGAUGGCUGUUUCAUCUGAACUUCCAGUGGACAUCAAUGACUGGAAUAAAGACCAUGUGAAACAAUGGAUGCUUGAUAUAAAAGUGGACAAAGAAGAUGCAGAGAUUUUGUACAACCAGAGAAUUAAUGGAGCUGGUCUUCUCCUCUUGGAGGAAGCUGAUCUCUCUUGCAUGCAAAGCCUAUCACUGAAUGCCAAAAAAAUAAUUAUGCACAAAAUAGGUCUUUUGAAACAAAAGACUCAGCAGCAGAAUAAUGUGACGACUCAGUCUUAUAGCUUGAAGCCUUACCCUUUCAAUAGAUUUAAUGCUGCUCACAGGUACAGAGAAAACAGCAAUCUAGACGUAACUGAAACGGGUCCUAUAGACCUCAUACAACCAUGCCAUGAAUUCAAAGGAUUUAUCAACACAACGGAGGAGAAUAGAAUGAAAAAAUACACAUAUGAGGUGAUUCGAUUUGCAGCAGCUUGUAUGAACAGCCGUACAAAUGGCACUAUUCAUUUUGGAGUGGCAGACAAACCACAUGGACACAUUCAGGGUAUUAGUGUUCAGAGCACAGAUGAUUUUGAUGUAAAACAGUCACAUGCAAUUGAAAAACAUUUCAAAUGGGAAAGGUCUGUUAAAAUAGCAAAAAGCUGCAUUAAACCCCCUCGAUUUGUUGAAGUUCUCAAAGCUGACAUGACUUCUGCAGGAAAACGUGUUAUUGAGGUAGACAUAGAGCCGUCCUCCAUAGUCUGUGAAGAAUUUCACUUUAACACUUAUAAUGUUGAUAAAAAUGAAGACAAGAUGCAAGAGCCCAACGGUGCAGAGAUGAGAGAGAGGAAGCAGAAUGAUGGCAAGUCUUUCUUCAUAAGAGACGGCAGCAGCAGCGAUAAUCUUAUUACAGCUAAUUCUUCAAAGGAGUAUGAGAAAUAUACUGCUGCUGCAAACAUGCAACGUUUGUCCCAGCUGAGGAAGGACGCUGAAGAAAAGCAUCUCUCUGUUGUCAAAGAAAGUGUGCAAGGCUCUAAACUGUGUGAGAUGAUAACAGGAGGGACCCAUUCUUUAGACAGGUCACACUUUGCAUGGUACAUUUUGGUGGCUAACAAAUCUCAUCCUGUUCAGCUGGAAAACCUGGAUUUCCUUCUUCACAUGGAUCUAGUGGCUGUUCUGGAUUUUGAUCCAGAAUCUGCUCAGAGUGGCCUGAAUAAGCUACUUAAAGAGAGAAAAACAUCCAAUCCUCAUUUACCAGCUCAGUAUAAAGUUACGGGUGCAGUUGAAGACAUUUUAAACAAGUUAAAGCUGACCAAAAACACAAGCUGGGUUUUCUGUAAUGGAGGCAUUAAUGAGGAAAACCCCUCUGAUGUUGAUAACUGGUUGACUGAGAAGGGAUCUUCAGUGCGUGAUGUUGUUUCUUUCCUGUGCAGAAAAGAUUUGGUGCAUCGCAAGCAACUUCUCACCAUAUUCUUGCUGUUAAGUCAGGUGAGCGACGCCAACGACUCUUUGCUUGAGACAUUCGGUAUGUUUUUACAGGAGCUCAAUGGUGGAAACCAAAUCUUGUGCAUCAGUGAUAAUGAAACAACAUACACCUACUGGAAGGAUCUCAUUAAGGGCCGAUAUAAAGCUGACAUCUCUACAAGAUGCAUUUAUGAGCUAAGUUUUGCUGAGGUCAAUGGCACCAUCCUCAGUCUGUGGUCAGAGAAUCGCAAAUCAAGCCGGUUUCUGCCUUGUGGUGGUGGCAGUAAUGUUGUACUAUCAAAGAAAACUGAGCAAUCCCUAGAAACGCUGAGUGUUCUUUGUGUGAAUCAGUGUGACGGAGGCGAUGAAGACAAACAAAAACAUGAGGAGUUCUUCUAUAAGGGAGGAAAGGUGUCUUGGUGGAACUUCUUCUUCUCAGAACAGCCCGGAUCAAUGCCAUUCAUCAAACGUGACAAGUUUGACUACAUAAUCAACACUAUUAUUCCAGACAUAUGCAGCCGGAAGAGAGCUUGUGAGUUUUUCAACAUCCUCCAUCUUCCAGGCUGCGGUGGCACUACGUUAGCCAUGCAUGUCUUAUGGACACUGAAGGAUAAAUACCGGUGUGCAGUGCUGAAGGAAACAACACAUGAUUAUUCUACCGUAGCCGAACAGGUUGUGCAGCUACUAACAUAUGAGACAAAAGAGCAACCUACACGACUUCCUGUAUUAAUCAUGAUCGAUGACUUCCAAGACAUCUGCGAUGUAAAAAAACUCCAACUUCAAAUUGAGGAGGAGUGCUUGAAGCGAAACAUUUUUUCCAAGUCUCCACAAGUCAUUAUAGUCAACUGCAUGAGAGCUGAAUCCUGGGAACAGACUGAUGAUGCUGUUUUCAUUGGAAACCGUUUAUCUGAGAAGGAACAGGAACUGUUUAAAGAAAAGCUGAAGGAGUUUAAGAAAACCAACACAAACACUAAAACGUUUUAUGGGUUCAUGAUUCUGAAGAACAAUUUUUCACUUCACUAUAUUCAGCGUGUUGUAAAAAAUACCCUUAAGGGCUUCAACUUCCAAGACAAACAUUCUCAACUUUUUGCAGUUCUUGUCCUCCUGCAUGUCUACUGCAAGAAUGCAUUGCUGUCAGUCUCUACAUGUGAAGAGUUCCUUGGUCUGCAAACUAAAGCAAAGUUUGAAGUAGAAGAUGGAUUUGAGAAGUUUUCCACUCUUUUAAUAAGAGGCACAGCCUAUUCCAACAUUACCUUUGAGGGUGUGAGAGUGAUUCACUCAAGUAUAGCUCAACACUGUUUGAAAGAGCUGUCGACUUUGUCAUACAAAGUGACAAAGGCAGAAAUUACUAACCUUCUGCUCACAACAGACUUAUUUUAUGAGUACGCUCUAGGGAAACAAAAAUUAAUGCAGGAUGUUCACAGCAUGUUGGUGAAGAGGCAGUAUUCGGCUAAGGCUGAAGACUCCCUUUUUUCUCCUCUUAUCAAAGAUAUAAUGAAAGAGACGCCAGGGAUGGAAGAAAUUGUUCUACACAAUGCAGCAAAGUGUCUCAGAAAGGAUGCAGUAAUAUUCCAGCUCCUCGCCAGGUACUACAUAAAAAAACAGGACUUUACUGUGGCCAUGAGUUGGGCAAGUGAAGCCAAAAACCUUUCAAAGGAGAAUUCAUACAUAUGUGAUACAGUAUCACAGGUACUUGUGCGUGAGCUCAAGCAUGCUGUUCACAAAGACAGAGAUGAUCCCAUCAAGCCGGACAGUCUUGAUAGGUUUCUUACAGUGGCUGAGUCUGCAGCAGAAGCUUGCAAAGAAACACAACACACUGCAAACAAAGAGGCCGUUUCUCACCUGCAAAGACUAAAGGAUUAUAGUACUUACAACACUGCUGGCCAUCUUGGUGAACUUCAAACUGCAGUUACCGUCAUACAAAUACUGCAAAAGACACCACUGUUUAACUGCCUUGCUGAAGUCCUCUUGGGUAAAAUUACCAUUGAAGAAUUAAGGAUGAACCCUGAACUCAAGCAAUAUUACCAUGUAUUGCAGAAGCAUAAGAAAUGUCUUCUUCAACUAAAAAACACAAUGAAGGGUCAUUUUGAUUUCCUUGACAAUUUUUUUGUACAUUUAGUACCCUUUUUCUCGGAGAAAGACAAACAAAAAGAACUGAUAAAGCCCAAGGUUUCCAGGUACUUUCAACAGUACACUGACCUCUUUUGUAAGAUAAAUUGGAGUGAGCUGAUCAAGAAUGAGCGCAUGAACCGCAUGGUUAAAAUUGAGCAGACACGUGAAUGUCUGGAGAGGAACAAGGGUGAUUCCUAUACAGGACUUCUACGAUAUUUGUAUGAGGAAGACUCUGCAUCAACUCUUGAAGAGAUCAUCCAGCAGUAUCAUUUCAUUCUGAAGUCAAAAGUGGCCAGACUGAUGGACAUUGUCAACUUUAUCUAUGCCAAUGUAAUUCUGGCAAACAUCAACCCUGAAUCUCAGUACAUCAUGCCCCACCAUGACCUUCGAGAAUUAUGCCUUCAAAUAAUCAAACGCCCCUCACCCCUCAGUGAGAUUCUGCCAUUGCACUACAUCACAGUUUUAUUGUUCUGGCAAGAGGCUGACCGCACAUUACCAACUUCACAAAUGAAGACGUUGUACUCAACCUACCUGAAACCUGUGUCUAAUGGAAAGAGAGCAGCGGUUCAUUUUUACCUAGGGAAGGAUGAAGGUUAUGGUGGCCUGAUUUCCCACAGGGAUAUAAACAGCUGGUUAGGAUCAGGGCAGAACAUCUCAACUCAAUGGGAUGAUUACAAAAUUUGGAGGCAAGUGAGGAAUAGUAAUAAACUUCACAGAGUUUCUGGUGAAAUUCGCAACAAUUUGAUCUCGGUUGCAGAUGUGAAUGUUAUGGUUGAUCCAAUGUUCAGAAGCCAGUUAAAUAAAGAAUAUGGCACACGAGUGACUUUCUUCCUUGGAUUCUCAAUCAAUGGACCAGUUGCACUUGACAUAGACUUUGAGUCAUAAAGUGCAGAAGCCUGAUCUAAU